UACGAAGUAACCCCGGACUGAGUUCGCGGCUUGUCUCGCUGUCGUUUGUUUUCACUUGUACAGGCAGCAGCAUAUAUAUAUCUAAAAAAAAGUUAGGAUGCCGGAACAGAUCAGCAUCUCGGAGUUUGUAAGCGAGACGUUAGAAGACAUCAACUCGCCGAUCACCUCUAACUUCACCUCGAAGAUGACAAACUGCAGGAACACGGUGAUUGCUCUGGAGGAGUCACUGGAGGCAGAUCAGACCAUCUUACUGAAGAUGAAGAAGCUGGUUAAGGCCAUUCACUCCUCUGGACUCGCCCACGUGGAAAAUAAAGAGCAAUACAUUGAAGUUCUGGAGAGCUUCGGAAACCACCACCUAUCUCAAAAUAAGAAUGAAUUGUCUACAGGCUUCCUGAACCUGGGUGUUUUUACUCGUGAAGUGACUGCACUCUUCAAGAAUCUGACUCAAAACAUGAACAACAUCCUCUCCUUUCCAUUGGACAACCUGCUAAAGGGCGAUUUGAAGGAAGGAAAAGGGGACCCAAAGAAGCUCAUUGAGAAAGCUUGGAAGGAUUACGAGAACAAAGUAAACAAGAUUGAAAAGGAGAAGAAAGACCGGGCCAAGCAGUUUGGACUAAACCGUUCAGAAAUAAGUCCUGCAGAAAUUGCUGAGGAGUUGGAGAAAGAGAGAAAGAUGUUCCAACUCCAGAUGUGCGAGUAUCUUCUCAAGGUGAGCGAAAUAAAGAUUCGAGAAGGUCCUGACCUACUCCAAAGCCUCAUCAAGUACUUCCAUGCUCAACAGAAUUUUUUCCAGGAUGGCCUCAAGGCAGCUGAGAGCUUGACUCCCUUUGUGGAAAAAUUGGCAGUGAUUGUACACUCGCUGAAACAAACACAGGAUGAGGAGAUGAAACAACUGACGCAGAUCAGGGAUUCCUUGAGAUCGGUACUUCAGGUGGAUCACAGAGAGGAAUGUUUGAAUCGGAAAAACUCUGGCUACAGCAUACACCCUCUUCCAGGAAACCGUAUGUAUGGAACAGAAAAGUCUGGCUUCCUGUACAAGAAGAGUGAUGGGAUCCGAAGAGUGUGGCAGAAGAGGAAGUGUGGCGUUAAAUAUGGCUACCUUACUAUAUCGCACAGUACUAUCAACAGACCUCCUGCUAAGCUCAACCUGCUGACCUGCCAGGUGAGGCCAAACACUGAAGACAGAAAGUGCUUUGAUCUAAUAGCACAUAAUCGAACGUACCACUUUCACGCUGAAGAUGAGCAAGAAUGUCAAGUAUGGGUGUCCGUGUUGCAGAACAGCAAAGAGGAGGCGCUCAACAAUGCCUUUAAAGGAGAUGCUAGCCAAGGCACCAAUGACACGGUACAAGAGCUGACCAAAGCAAUCAUUGCUGAAGUCCGAGGGAUGGCCGGAAAUGAGGUGUGCUGCGACUGUGGUACAGCAGACCCCACGUGGCUCUCCACCAACCUGGGUAUUGUAACCUGCAUUGAAUGUUCUGGGAUUCAUCGGGAGUUGGGUGUACACUAUUCUAGGAUACAAUCUCUCAAUCUCGAUGUACUGAGCACUUCUGAACUCUUGCUUGCUGUCAAUAUUGGAAACACAAGAUUGAAUGAAAUCUUUGAGGCGACCCUGCCAACUCAGUGUGGUGUUAAACCCAGUCCAACCAGUGACAUGAAUGCCCGGAAAGAAUAUAUUACUGCAAAGUAUGUGGAACACAAAUACACAAAGAAGGGCGUUUACAAAGGAGGAUUUAAAUUAUUCGAAGCAAUUCGGAGCAAGGAUGUCCUGGCUUUGCUGCAGAUGUAUGCUGAAGGUGUGGAUUUCACUGCACCCCUUACCUUGCCAGACGGACAGGACCUGGGAGAAAUCCCGCUGCACCUUGCUGUGCGGUUGGCAGACAGAUCAUCGCUGGCUUUGGUUGACUUUCUGAUACAGAACGGGGGUGGCUUGGAUGUGAAGACGGCCGAGGGUAACACUGCCCUCCAUUACUGCUGCCUAUACAAUAAAACCGAAAGCCUGAAGCUGUUACUGAAGGGAAAAGCUAGCACGCAGAUCGGUAAUCUGGUGGGAGAAACUGCUUUGGACAUUGCAAGGAAGUUCAAUCAUACUGGUUGUGAGGAACUGAUUGAUCAAGUGCUGGCGGGGAAGUUCAGUCCUUUCGUUCACGUGGAGUAUGAGUGGGUCAUGCAUCAAGAUUAUGUUUAUGACAGUGAGGAGGACAUGGAAGAGAGGCUUAGUCCCUCACAAAGGUCUUUCAAAUCCAGUGGCCUCAGUCAACUCUCGCCAAGCUCUUCAAGUACUUCAGUAUUUUCUCCACCGUUUACCAGUCCCAGCUCGUCUGGCUUGAAGAAGGAAAGAUGGAGUUUUGUCGGCUCUAAUAUCGUGAAUGAGACGUACGGGGCACUGGUCCUUCCUCCAAAAACGACGGCCCAGUCUCCAUCGUCUGACACCACUCCACCGCCACUGCCAGUGAAGACCUUCACCAGGGCUGGAUCCACGGAUGGUCAGAACAGACGUAGCUCCUCGUCUCCCGGGAAUAGUCCUGUGCAUCUCCUGUCUCCCAGCCACGUGACUCCAUCUGCAAAAGCUCUGGGUCGUCCUGAUUUGCCUUGGAGACAUUCUGUUGAUGGGUCCACUGAGGCUUUGAGCUCCCUGACCAAGUUGAGUUCUCAGAAAAGAUUGUCUCAUCACUGGGUUUCCCAGGCAUCAGUGGAUCUGCCCGAUUGCAAGAGACAGGAGUUGCCGGGUGAAACAUCUCUUCAGAACACAGAGCAGCAGCCCCCUCCAAUGCACCCAACAUCCCCGCAUGAGUCACAAGUACCAGUGAGCCCCAGUCAUACAACAUUCACCAGGAAACCCAGUGGAGACAAAGCAGUGAAGAAGCCUAGAGAGCCAAAUUCAAGAAAUCACGAUGAUGUCUAUAUUGUUCCUGUGACCUCUAAGCCAGUACCUGUUCCAUUGCCAAGGAAGUCCGUUGGGGCCAAGCAGAAACAGAAGAGGGUUAAGGCGAUCUUGGACUGUACGGCUGACAAUUCCGAUGAGCUGACCUUUACCAAAGGAGAGAUCAUUGUUGUGACCGGAGAGGAAGAUUUAUUUUGGUGGAUUGGCCACAUCGAAGGAGACAAGUCAAGGUCAGGAGCCUUUCCAGUGGACUAUGUUCAUCUCCUGUCGGAAUGACCAGAUCCUUGCAAUCUCUAGUGGAAAAAGACUUGUGAUCUCUUGAACUUGCAGAAGCCCUUCUGAAAGGUUGGGUUUCUCUCAACAGGCUUGGUCCUAUGGUGGCCCUUCAGUGGACUGCCAACCCGGCAUUUGGGUUUCAGCUUUGCAUCAAGACGCUCUUUGUUGAUUGUUUUUGUAAUCAUUGGAGAAUUGUGGUUGUUCCAACCAAAUAUGGAUCAGAAGUUGAAACUGCUUUAUGUGAAGGCUGGACCUCAAUAUACAGAGAACAUUUUGUCCUAAUAUUUAUCUUUAUUUCUGUUUUGGAUUUGUAUUACACAGCCUCAUCUGACCAAUCUGUGCCAACAGAGGUAGACAGAGCUCUAAGGAUUAUGACAGGUAAUGCCUGGAGGUGUGUUACAGUGUGAGAGCCUUGAAGAAACAAGCGGUGCUUCACUGAAGAGUCUUACGGGCCUUUGUUGACGUGUGGCUGAUGAGUUGUUUUGCAUUAGGCAAGUACCAUUUUGUAGGGUCAGUGGUUGUUUCAUUUCAAGGUGGGCUUGGGCUAUGUGCAGCAUGGGAUGCUAGGUGAAAGAAGCGUGAAGGUCCUAGCAGGUUCAAUUGGGCUUUACUGUUUGAAUCAAGCAUUCCCAGACAGAACUGGAAUGUGGGACUGAAUGGAGUAUUGCACAGGUAGCAGUGGGGUGUAUGCACAAUAGUUUCUUUCAUGAAUUGAGCUGGAGUAUAAACACAAUGGUGUACUGCACAGAUUGAUAUUCACAGUUCAAAGUAAAUGUAUUAUCAAAGUACAUAUAUGUCAGCGUGUACAAUACUGAGGUUCAUUUUCCUCUGUGCAUACUUAGCAAAUCUAUAGAAUAGUAACUAUAACAGCACCAGUGAACGAUCAACCAAAGUGCAGAAGACAGCAAACUGUGAAAAUGCAAAUAUAAAUAACAAGCACAUGGGAUAAAGGGAUAAAGAGUCCAUGAGAUGAGAUCGGUGGUUGUGGGAACAUUUCAAUGGAUGGGCAAGUGAGUAAAGUUAUCCCCUUUUGCUUGAGGGCCUGAAGGUUGAGGGGUAGUAACUGUCCUUGGACCUGGUGAUGUGAGGCCUGUGGCUAUUGUACCUUCUACCUGAUGGCGGCAGCGAGAAAAGAGCAUGGCCUGGGUGGUGGGAUUCAGAGCGUAUGUUCUGAAUGGAGCAGGUUUAACUGGUAAAUGUAAGACAUAGGAGCAGAACUAAGCCAUUCAGCCCAUUGAGUCUGUUCCACCAUUCUAUUAUGGCUGAUUUUAUUAUCUCUCUCAACCCCAUUCUCCUGCCUUCUGCCCAUAAUCUCUGACACCCUUAUUAAUCAAGAAGCUAUCAGCCUCUGUUUUAAAUAUACCCAAUGAUUUCCACAGAUUCACCACCUUCUGGCUAAAGAAUUUCCUCCUCAUCUCUAGUCUAAAGGGACGUCCUUCUGUUCUGCGUCUGUGCCCUCUGUUUCUAGACUCCCCCACUAUAGGAAACGUCCUCUGUACAUCCUGUCUGUCUAGGCCUUUCCGUAUUCAAUAGGAUUCAAUGAGAUCCCCCCCACUAUAUUUGGACCAAAUGCUCCUUGCAUGAUGUGAAUUGUGUAAAUGGAAUGAAUGGACACUUGAUCAGGAGUACCUUUCUUUAAGGCUAAAGGAUUUAAUGUGGACUUGUAUGGAUUGAGUCGGAGUAUAUGAGCAUCAUGGACCUUCGCAUGGGUGAAUUGGCAUUGUUAAGGUGAUAGCACUUGACACAAAUUAGAUUGAGUCAUGUCAGUUAGAUGGUGUGAUGCACUAUCUAGAUGUGAUAUUUUGUACAGUUAAAGGAGGAAUAGAAAAUUUAUAAAUGUGAGAUGAAAUGAAAUGUGUAACUAUGUCUGAUGAAUUUCAGCUGUCUGAACCACACUCUGAUAUUGACUGGUGUUGACUAGGAAGCACCCUUAAGUAACAAGUAAUUGGGGUGUAUUAGAAGCCAAGAAAGUAAGUGAUAGAAAAUGUCCACACAAAGCCGUAGUAAUCACCAUGAUUCCUCAUCAACUGCACAAACAAAGGAUGGACUGUUAUUAUGAGAGGAUUUCGAUACCAACUUCAUUUCUUUCUCUUAAGCCCAUCACCCCCAAUGGGGCAUAGGCUGCUGACUGCCACUCGCCAGGGUCCUCUGUCCUGGACCAGACUUUCAAGGUGUAGCCCGCUGAAGAUCCUUCCCCUCCCAGAGAUGAGGUCUUGGGAGCUUCUCUUGGCGUUUCUGUAGCUCUGGGUUUUUACAGGAUGGGGCUGCGAGCCCCCUGCCCAACCCUCCUCCUUUCGAAGUCAGACUUGGGACCAUCCAUGGUGGAGUUGACUUUAUAUCUACAGAGCUUUUAUUAAAUAUGAACUUGAAGGACAUGUACAAUGCAUAUUACUAUAAGGAGCUUAUAGUGGGUGGUGUAGAUAGUUAGAGACUGGGAUGUGGGAAGGUCUUAAUGGGCAGAAUAGAAUUGGUGAUUUGAUGAGAGAUGGAGUGAGUGAGUCCUCAGCUGCUUUCAUUUUGUAACUAGACCUUCAACAAGAUCACAUUUAACUCAAACAUUAAGUGGAUUAUUUAUUGGGACUCCUUCCCUUCCCUUUCCUCCCACCUUCUUAUUCUGGCUUUUUCCUCCUUCCUUUCCAGUCCCAAUGAAAGGAGUCAGCAUGAACAUCGACUGUUUAUUCCUCUCCAUAGAUGCUGCCUGACCUGCUGAGUUCCUCCAGCAUUUUGUGUGUGAUGAUCUGGUUUUCCAGCAUCUUUUGUCUCUAUUAAAUGGGUCAGGUGGUUCAAAAAAUUCACAGUAAACUUAUUAUGAAAGUACAUGUAUGUCACCAUAUACAACCCUGAGAGGCACUUUCCUGUGGACAUUGACAGUAAGUACACAGAAACUCAAUAGAAUCGCUGAAAAACUCCACACAAAAAAGAAAGACAAAUGACCAAUGUGCAAAAGACAACUAAUUGUGCAAAUGGAAAAAGGAAAAGAAACACAAAAUAAUAAUAAAAAUAAGUAAAUAAUAAAUAGUGAGUUGUAGAAUCCUUGAAAUUGAGGUCUGUUGUACUGUAAGGAAGGUCUCAUUGCAAAAAUUGAUCAAGCUUUAGAGAUGUGAGGAGCCAGUUGACUUUUAAUGUUAAUUUUAAACCAUCUGUGAGCUGAUGGCAUUUACAGUGAUACCAACAGAAGUGAUUUUCCAUUAACGUAAGGAACUGAAGAAAGCAAUUGGUGCGCAGAAUGACAUAUCUGCUGGAAUUUCACGCUCUUGAUUUUAUUACUGAGCCCUGGGAUCUGUUUGUCAUCAAGAUUUAUAUGUCAGUACAUACAUAACUGCCUUGGUUCCAGGAAGUCUGAACUCAUUCUCAACAUCCUCAGAACGUAUUGAUAUUAAAUCAUCUUUUGAAUGAAACCCAUCUAUCAACUGUUCAAAAUGGUGAUCAACUCAGAAGUUUUCCUAUCACAAAAAAUUCUCCUUUUUCUUGAUGAUGGUCAAAAUAGAUGACAUUCCAUUGAGGACAGUGGAACCGUUCAGUGAAGGUUUGGAAGAAACUUAGAGAACUUUGGACAGGACAGGUCACCUGUAGGCAUGGAAACAGACUCUUCCAAGUGGUAAUUGGGGUGAGGUGUUCAAAAUCAACUGCAUUUGAAGAAGACUGCACGUAUGUAUGUCAAUAGUUACAGGGUUUAACUAGGGGUUGAACUAUACUUGCAAGUACAGUACAAUAAACUAUUAUAAGAACACUGGGUACUGCUGUGUGAGCCUUGGACCAACUUACCUACCCCGGUUGUUUCAGAAAAAAAUAUGAAAUUAUUGUAUCUAAAUGAGAAUUACCUAGCUUCAAAUAUUGUUAUUGUAAAUGUCAGCUUAGGCAAUGACUAAGUGUGUUGGCCUUGUGUACAAUUCAAGAAAAUUAUUAUACUUUUGUCUGCGGUAGAACUUUUCAUUGUGUAGGGAAAUUUGUAUGUAGUUUUGAUUUUGCCCAAGGUGUAUAGCAGGGGAAGUAUUAGUUUAAUAUCUCCCCAUCCCUUCACUCCAAUUUGAUUCUCCAUUUCCUUUCUUUACUGGUGGUUUGGAUGUUGACAAGCUUUCUUGCAAAACCCAGCUCCAGCUGUGAGGUUCACAGAACUGCUUGCAAGAAUGAACAAUGUUUUUAUUUUCACUAAAGAGAGUUUGUGAGGAAAACAAUGAGGAAUUGAAUGUCUUUGAUGGAUGUGAGAGGGGCCAAGAAAUACAAGGAAAAAGUGUGCCCUUAUGUGUCUGACUGCAGAGAGUGUAUUAAUUCCAAUAUCAAAGAGAGAGAAUUGGCACUUGCAAGUAUAAAAACUAAAGAAAACCUUUUGUAUUGUUAUUGCAUUGUAAUAUAAUCCCCUAUUUAUUAAAAUUAACAGUUGAU